AUCGUUGCCAUUUCUCGAUCCCCCUCGGCCCUCUCUCUAUCUCUCCUCUGUUAAUUAGAGAGAUAGAGGGAGCGAGAGAGGGAGAAACCAGAACUACCAAGAAGCUUACAUAUUUCCUCCUAUAGACUCUCUCAACUCUCUCUCUUUGUCUAUUUUUCUCUGCUUAUUUUCUCUGAGGAAAGAGUGUUUAUAGAAAGCGAAGACUGUGUCUUUCCCCGCAUUUCUUCCGCCAUGUUCUCCUUGAAAAGCAAUUUCCUGAGUAACACGGGCAUCUCAGGCUCGUGCAGCCCCUUCUCGGGGAAGCAGAGAGGACUAGUGCCUACAGCUCCAACUUCAUUAAAAAUACUUGCGCUGAAUCCAAAUAGGGAACGAAACGGCAGUGUCUUGAUGGAGAGCACGCUUCAGGAAAUGAGAGACGAAGCCUCUGUGCUUGACUUGGACCCCAAGUCCACCGUUGCUGGUGGCGUCCGCGAUGUUUACGGUGAGGAUACAGCCACCGAGGACCAGUUUGUCACGCCUUGGACCCUCUCUGUUGCUACUGGGUAUUCUUUGUUGCGAGAUCCUCACCACAACAAAGGACUUGCCUUCAAUGAUAAAGAGAGAGAUGCCCACUACUUGCGCGGCCUUCUCCCCCCUGCAGUGGUUUCUCAGGAGCUCCAGGUGAAGAAACUGAUGCACAUUAUUCGCCAGUAUCAACUUCCAUUGCAAAAGUACAUGGCCAUGAUGGAUCUUCAGGAGAGAAAUGAAAAACUGUUCUACAAGCUUCUCAUUGACAAUGUUGAGGAGAUGCUCCCUAUAGUUUACACUCCUACUGUUGGUGAGGCAUGCCAGAAAUAUGGAAGGAUCUUUGGUCGUCCUCAGGGUCUUUACAUCAGUUUGAAAGAAAAGGGUAGAAUUCUUGAAGUAUUAAGGAACUGGCCUGAGAAGAAUAUUCAAGUCAUUGUUGUUACUGACGGUGAACGCAUAUUGGGGUUAGGGGACCUUGGAUGUCAGGGUAUGGGGAUACCCGUUGGGAAACUCUCUUUAUACACAGCACUUGGUGGAGUCCGUCCUUCAGCUUGCCUGCCUGUAACAAUUGACGUGGGAACCAACAAUGAGAAGCUGCUAAACGAUGAAUUCUACAUAGGGCUAAGACAAAGAAGAGCUACUGGACAGGAAUAUUCUGAACUGCUACAUGAAUUCAUGAGUGCAGUAAAGCAGAAUUAUGGUGAGAGAGUCCUCAUUCAGUUUGAAGACUUCGCAAACCACAAUGCAUUUGAUCUGCUUGCAAAAUAUGGUACUACUCAUCUUGUUUUCAAUGAUGAUAUUCAGGGCACAGCAUCUGUUGUCCUUGCAGGGCUUGUUGCAGCACUUAAUUUAGUUGGAGGAACUUUAGCUGACCACAGAUUUUUAUUUCUUGGUGCUGGAGAGGCUGGCACUGGAAUUGCAGAACUCAUAGCCCUUGAGAUGUCCAAACAGACAAACAUGCCAGUGGAAGAAACUCGCAAGAAGAUUUGGCUUGUGGAUUCAAAGGGGUUGAUUGUUAGUUCCCGUAAGGAAUCACUCCAACAUUUCAAGAAGCCCUGGGCUCAUGAACAUGAACCUAUAAAGACACUUCUGGAUGCUGUCAAUGACAUUAAGCCAACAGUGUUGAUUGGAACAUCAGGAGUAGGAAGAACAUUUACAAAAGAAGUGGUUGAGGCUAUGGCCUCCUUCAAUGAGAGACCUAUAAUUCUUGCUCUCUCCAACCCAACUUCACAGUCUGAAUGUACUGCUGAAGAAGCUUAUACAUGGAGUGAGGGUCGUGCCAUUUUUGCUAGUGGAAGCCCAUUUGCCCCUGUUGAAUAUGAGGGGAAAGUUUAUGUGCCUGGUCAGGCAAACAAUGCAUACAUUUUCCCCGGAUUUGGUCUGGGUUUGAUAAUGUCUGGUACAAUCCGUGUUCAUGAUGAUAUGCUUCUGGCAGCAUCGGAAGCUUUGGCUGCGCAGGUGACCCAGGAGAACUUUGACAAGGGACUCAUAUACCCACCGUUUGCAAACAUCAGAAAUAUUUCAGCACAAAUCGCUGCCAACGUGGCCACUAAAGCUUAUGAACUUGGUUUGGCUACUCGCCUCCCUCAGCCUAAGGAUCUGGUGAAGUAUGCUGAAAGCUGUAUGUACAGCCCUGCCUACCGGAGCUACCGGUGAAGUGGCUGGAGUCUAAUCCCUCUCCCACCCUAUCCAUGAAAGGAAUUAAGGUGACAAAAAAGAAAAGAAAAAAAAGAAAGUAGAGGUUCACUCUUAGUCACAUAAUCAGCUGUUUUUGCAAUUUCCCCCCGUUGUCCCCUUUAUUUUUUUAAGUUUUUUUAUGUUAUUCCUUUCAUUUAUAUUUUUUCGUGCAAGUCAUUUGACAAGUAACAAGUAGAACAGUAGGCGCUGGUAGUUGAAUGUAGUCGAAUAUAGCAUGAAAAAGCUGUCAGACGUGAAAAAUCUCACAUGAAAAAUGAAAUUCAUUAGUGUUCUUU